AUGUUCCGGAUUACCUCCUUGAUCAUUCUCAUCUGCUUGUUCGCCUCCUACCUCGCUCCACAUCGGUUUAUCUCAUCGCUUACAAAUGCAUUUGGACUGGAGAAUGCUGAGUGGGAAGCUGCGAGAACACAAAACGUCGUUGAAACUCCUGUUCAUGAAAUCAAUUUAUCAAAACAAACGGCUCGAUGCUCCCCUGAUUGCAGCGCCAUACCCAAAAAAUGCUGUCCACGUCCAGGCGGCUCGGGUCGCAAACUUUACGAAGAUAAACCCGGGUUGGUCCUUUUCUUACUCAAAAUUCUCAAUGAAUCCCCCCCGAGAGAAUUGCCUAGGCCGGCCCCAAGACGGCGAGCCAAUAGCAUCUGCCUUCCAGGCCUCUUGCUUAUCGAUAAGCCGCCGAGCGUCUUGCGGGGAGGCAAACAUCCGCGCAAUCCUCCCUACUCAACUUCCAAGUUCCUCAUCACCUUGCUCCCAACAGGACAUGGCCUAGCUACGCUCGCUACGAUGGAUUAUAACACAAGCAUUCCAAUAGAGGAAGAGCGCAACAGCAAACAACCUCCUUUCGAGCGCCAAGGCACCCCCGAACGCCCGCCCUACUCUCCCCUCACCCCGGUGUUGGCGCAUCUAGCUCCGAUCCCCGGAGGGGCCACCAUCAUACCGCCAGCUCUCGAUGCCUCACCAGCAUUAACUCCAGCAGCUAGCACUGCCACUGCCACUCCCACUUCCACUACAACCAGCCAUAACACACCCACAGAACCUCCACAAAACCAAAACGCCGCCAGACGCAAUGAGGCAGGGAAUCGCCGGACGAAUCCGCCACCGCCGUCCAUGGGACCACCGCAACAACCAAUAACAACCAUCAUUAGACCGGAGCCUAGCCCAGUGCCAAUAUCAGAAAGUGAUAAUUCAGACGUGAUUGCCCUCCGAUCAGCCAUCUCCAUUCUGCAAUUACAGAAACAAAAGGCUUUGCAUGACAUUAAGACUCUGGAUGAGAUGAAGAGGGCUGCCGCCGCAGACCCAGAGGGGUUCUCGCGGGAGUUACUCGCCGAGCAUCUGACACAGCAGGGCCAGGGUUCCGGUCUCGUAGACACAGAUCUAUCGCUAGAAGGAACCGACGAGCCCGAGACACAAGAAGGAGAAAAUGAUGCAGAGGAGGACCGGAAGAGGCCUAAGUUUGGGACAAUCCCCAAACCUCAAAAUGUCGUGCGCAUGCCUCCCAUCAACUGGGCAAAGUAUCAGAUUGUCGGGGAACCUCUUGAUAAGAUGCACGAAGAACAGCGGAACCGACCGUUUGCUGGAGUGCCGCGACAGGAUCCCAAUCAACGAGCGCCGGAACAUGUAAUCGCAGCUCCUUAUCGACCACUGACGGAUAAAAUCGAGGGCUCUACGAAGGGACGGAUGAAAAGAGACCGGAAGGCCUCUUGA